UAGCGCUCGCCGGACUGACGUUCCUAUCGCGAGGUUAUCACAUUAGCUUGGUUAGUUAGCUAGCCGCGAAAAGCUUGACUGUGUACCCCCAGUUUAUAAAUUUAGUCUUCUUGAAGCGCUGAAAGGACUACGCAUUGCUGUUUGAUUGUUUUCUUCUCACGCCUGCAAGAAAGGAUAAUCGCCGGACCUUGUGUUUGCACGUAUCCCAAUGAUGAGUUAUGCUGAAAAGCCAGAAGACAUCACAAAAGAAGAGUGGAUGGACAAAUUAAACAAUGUUCAUAUACAGAGGGCGGACAUGAAUCGACUCAUUAUGAAUUACCUGGUGACAGAGGGAUUCAAAGAGGCUGCGGAGAAGUUUCGGAUGGAGUCUGGGAUCGAGCCAAGUGUGGACCUGGACUCUUUGGAUGAAAGGAUAAAGAUUAGAGAGAUGAUCCUGAAGGGACAGAUACAGGAGGCUAUUGCACUCAUCAACAGCUUGCACCCGGAGCUGCUUGAUACCAAUCGAUACUUGUAUUUUCAUCUGCAGCAGCAACAUUUGAUUGAAUUAAUCAGGCUAAGGGAGACUGAGUCAGCGCUGGAGUUUGCCCAGACACAGCUGGCCGAGCAGGGGGAGGAGAGCCGCGAGUGUCUGACAGAGAUGGAGAGAACAUUAGCCCUCCUGGCCUUUGACAACCCAGAAGAGUCUCCCUUUGGAGACCUGCUCAACAUGAUGCAGCGGCAAAAGGUGUGGAGCGAGGUGAACCAAGCUGUGCUGGACUAUGAAAACAGAGAGUCGACGCCCAAGUUGGCUAAACUGCUGAAGUUACUGCUGUGGGCACAGAAUGAGCUGGACCAGAAGAAGGUGAAAUAUCCCAAAAUGACUGACCUUAGCACGGGCACCAUUGAGGACCCCAAGUGAACAUAACAGAUGAGAACAACCACCUUCCACGUCCCCUUAAUUUAUGAUCAGCCAGUGACUGUGUGACAACCAGGUAACAUAUAUGUAUAAACAAAUGCUACAUUGUUUUUUCAUGUUUCAUUCAUGAGAGGUAAGACUUAACCCAUUGUGCAAACUGUAAAAUUGCUGUAUCUGCAAAUUGACAGAAAUUGUUUAAUUUAAAUACUGUUCUUGGAUUUUUAGAGAGAUCUCGGAUACGACAAAAUUCAAAUUGCUGUUUUAUAUUUUGUCUUUCUAAAAAGCCCGAGCCAGUAGUAUUAUUUAUUGUGACGAUUUUCCCCACCAGGACUUCAUUUUGCCCGGAAGAGAGCUGAUGGUUUAAGUGAACAGUGUUAAUGCUGUGGUGUUUGUGCAGUCAAACGCUGGGCUCCCCAGAAUGGAGGGGAGAACAACUGUGAUGGUUUAAACUCUGAAACAGCUGACUCACAGUUGCCGUAUGUUUAGAUUGAGAUGACAUACUGCAUGAGUGUAGAUUGUUUCAAUUCAGAAAUAAGUUUAAAAUUUCAUACACAAAUUGUGAGUAUUUUUCAAUUAAAGACACACUUUAUUAAUGUAUAAUGUAUACUUUUACUUAAUAGAAUAUUUAAUGAUUUUAUUUAGUAUGAUGUUUGAUGAUUUGCUAUAGAAUCAACCACUUGCAUUCUAUACCUUGAAAUGUGAUUGUAUCCUUCCAGUAUGUCCAUGGGAUGAACUGCCUUGCAAAAUAAUCAUUUCACACAUGUUUGAGAGGCUUAAAUACGUCCCGACUGACCACUGGAAAUCAGAGAUGGCUUUUUGGAACGAGUUUAGUAUGCACUGCCUGCAGCAUGAUCCAAAUGGUUUGGUUUUAUGCAGAAAAGGUUUGAAGUUAGAACGAUGUUCUGCCUUUCCCAUUGAUGGAGGGAGGAUUUAUACGCUGUGUGUGAGAAAGGGCUGCUCUGAUCAAGAAAUCAAGAAAUGGAGGAUCAGGCCAUGAACGCUCCAAAAACUGUCAUAUUUAAAACCUGUUCUAGCAGAUCCUUUUUGUUCGUUGGCUUUGUUUUGGUAAUUAAUGGCAAUGAUCAAAAACGUUGAAAUUUUGAAUCUGAACAGUCAUUUCUUAAGUCACAGAACUUGCUGUCCAUUUCGCCACUUUUAAAGCUGUUAGUAUUUUCACUUUAACUGCAUGUGAGUGUAACUUUUUUUCUUUUGGGGAAAGGCACUUGUGCUUGUUUAUUUUAUUUGGUUUGUUUACUUUUAUACAUAUAAAAAAACAAACUUGCUGCUAGUUGUUCAUCCUUAAUUUCUGUUAAGGUUGUAUUGUCUUUAUAGAUAUUGGCUUUGACAAACAUUGAGACCCAGAGAGAUCACAUCCCUUUUAUUAUUCAACAUUUUUAAGAUCAGAUUUGCAAUUAUUAAAAUAAACAAAACUUUUGUGAACCAUA